CUGAGCAGUGAGCAAGAGUUCACUGGAUGUGGGAUACAGAGUGGGAUCUGCAGCAGAACAUGAUCAGAUAGCUGAUAUACCAAGAAAGUGUGAUACUGUCGACUGCCCAUGACUCUGAAAUGAGCUGUGAGGGAAUAAUUUUGUGAUUGGAUUGGACCUUCAAGGCCAUGAGGAUAGAGUGGUUCUACCCGUAACAAAAGAGAAGAUUUGAAGAAAGCCUGAGGAGAAGGAUGCAGCAGUUUGGCUAAAAGACCUGGGGGAAAAAAGGAAAGUUGGAAAUCAACCUUUAUUGGGAACACUUGCAUACAAGGAAAAUACUUUUAUGCCUCACUUCUCAAUUCCAGUUGACACUGACACUGUUUUGGGAGGAGCUGUGCACUUCCUCUGAGCCUGGUCAGUUUUGUAUGAUCCAAGCUGAUAGUGUGAAGCCACGUCGCUGUGCCCCACUGAGGCAUGAGUGUGGGAAGGGCCCACCACCACAGCUUCGUGUCCUGUGAAGAAGACGGCCUGAGACUAAGUACCAUGCCUGCUGUGGGCAGCUUCGGCAAUGGCAAGAUUCACACAAGACGCAAAUACCACAGCCGGUUUGUCAGCAAGGCUGGACAAUGCAACAUCCACUUCUCAAACAUGGAUGAGAAGUCACAGCGGUACAUAUCUGACAUUUUCACAACGUGUGUGGACGUCCGCUGGCGAUACAUGUUCUUGCUAUUCAGCCUGGUGUUUGUGGUGUCCUGGCUAACAUUCGGCCUGUCAUACUGGGUCAUCGGCCUCCUACACGGUGACAUGGAACAUCCUGAAGGGGAUGGCAACUUUGUUCCUUGUGUCAUGCAGGUUAACACCUUUGUGGCAGCUUUCCUGUUCUCUGUUGAGACCCAGACGACCAUUGGGUAUGGUGCUCGCGUUGUGACAGAGGAAUGCCCGGUUGCUGUCUUCAUGGUGGUCUUUCAGUCCAUCAUGGGCUGCAUCAUCGAUGCCUUCAUGAUUGGCGCCAUCAUGGCCAAGAUGGCAAGGCCCAAAAAACGUGCAGAGACUCUACUGUUCAGCCACAACGCAGUCAUCGCUUUGCGUGAUGGGAAACUGUGCUUCAUGUUUAGGGUUGCUAAUCUAAGGAAGAGCCACAUUGUGGAAGCUCAUGUACGAGCCCAGCUCGUCAAGCCCCGUUAUACUGAGGAAGGCGAAUACAUCCCCUUGGAUCAGAUUGACAUGAACGUAGGUUAUGACAAUGGCACAGACCGCCUGUUUCUGGUUGCACCCCUCACUGUCAUACACGAGAUUAAUGAAGAAAGUCCACUGUUUGGCAUCAGUAAACAAGAUCUUGAAACAUCUGACUUUGAGAUAGUAAUUAUACUUGAGGGGUUGGUGGAGGCCACAGCCAUGACGACGCAGGCGCGCAGCUCUUACCUGCCUUCAGAGAUCCUGUGGGGUCAUCGCUUUGAACCCGUCAUCUUUGAGGAGAAGAGCCAGUACAGGAUAGAUUAUGCCUACUUUCACAAAACAUUCGAAGUACUAUCAACCCCCAGAUGCAGUGCCAAGGACAUGGAGGAGAGAAAAUUCCCAACAUCUGGCGCCAACUCUUUCUGCUAUGAGAACGAGCUGGCCUUCAUCAGCAGGGAUGAGGAGGAGGAGGGGGAUGGGGAGAAAGAGGAAGACAAAAAGUGUUCAACAGAGCUAGUGGAUGAGCAGGCCAUUCCUGGACAUGAUCAAAAGUCCUCCCGUAAAGAAUCAGAGAUCUAACCUUUGGCUGUUGCUUGUUUGAUUUGUUUUUGGAUGCAGAGCAAUGAAAGCGUUGUGGGAAGAGCCCUAUGACUGUCAUUCUCCUGACACGAGGAUACCAAUAAAGGUGGAGAAACAGCAGUAAUGAUCUCCAUCAGAAAAGCAAGGACAUUUCUCAUCGGAUUUACUCUUUUGCUUUCCCGAAAUUGUUAUGGAGCUUUAAUGCAACAAAAAAAAAAACUGUCAUGUUUCAAUUUACAGACGAAACUAGUCAUAAAGUGCAUGACAAUAGCAUAGUUUUGUAUGAAUAUUUUGAGACUUUGCAGAUGAUGUUUAGGAAACUAAACCUUGGGAAUAUUUCUCCAGAUUAAUUUGGUAAAAACAGAAGUGUAGAUUAACAGUGGAUUUUCCUCUUAAUGAUGUGACUUUUGUGAAAAACAAGACUAAAUAUUCUACAUUAUACAAUGUAAAUGGAUGGAAGUUGGCAUACAUACUGAUAUGUACAUGCAUGCAUGCAUGUAGGCUAACUAUGGGGGGCACAUGACAAGGUAGAGUUUUAAAUAUUUCUAACACAAAAAGGGAAAGAACUCAUUCAUGCAUAUCUUUGUCUUAUAUAUUCAGCCAGAAGGAAACAUUUGACCUGAGUAGAUGUUAAAUAUGGAGUUUCUUUCUCAACAGUUUACCAGAAACGUUUUUGAGCGUACACUGAGUGACUGAGCGUUUUUCCAAGCCGCGAUCCCCUUGGUGUUGCUACACCUGUGAAACUUUCCGUUCUUCCACAGCAACAUGCUAUGUAAUAAUAACAACAA